UUUUAUACUUAAUCCAUCUUUCUGUCUAUCUAUUUCUAUACCUAUCUCACUCUAUAUUUAUAUCUAACAAACUAUCUACCUACCUACCUACCUAUCCAUCAUCUUAUACAUAUCGAGCUCUCCAUCCUUACAUAUCUAAUAUCUCUACCCUUCAAUUACGUCCUCUAAGAUGUAACCUGCGGAAGAACUCAAAGAUGUCUGGAGCGAGACUGCCUUUCAGCCCGGCCAGGAGGUCCUCUCAGCGGCCUCCCUUCGCCACCGUCAUCGCCUUCGUCAGCUUCAUCAUCUUCGUCUUGGUUGCUUCCUCGACUGCCGUGGGAAACCCAAGCGCACCAAAUCAAAAUGCCAUCAACAUUACCGUCAAGUCAUCAGUUCAUCAACUACUUCUAUCAGUUGACGGUGUUCUUGUGGUCAACGUGACAUCCAGCGAAGAGGACAAGAAGGACCCGGCCGUGUUCUCGCCCUGGCAAGUGACGACGGGGCUGCAUGUCAUGGUGCUUAACCCACGGGACGGGAGACUCAUUUUCCGACGGAUGUUGAUGACGUCACAGUUCGGGCUGUCGCAAGAAAUUCCGAGUGUGUUGAUGUCCCUGACUCGAGGCAAUAUCCUCAUCCUCGCCAUCAAGAACGACGGGGCCCUCAACUUGACUCCGACGGCGCGCUCUCUCCUCAAGUCGUUUGGUGUUAAGGCCGCCCACGCUCUCCGCUUCCGCAAUAACCUAGCGUGGGUAGGGAUCGUGGGCGGGAAGACCUGGGGGGAGGCAAUGACCCCCGACAUCGACGAAGGGGGGAACUACGGAGACUUUUGGUCCUCUCCUGUGCUCCUCGAAGUGCAGGUUCCUCGACGUCCUUCGGAAUCCUCUUGUUUCCCAACGAACGAGCCCCGAGAAAUCGCCAGGGCCUCUUUCUGCGCUCGAUACGACGGGUACGGGAACCUGUGCUCCUGCGAGAACCCAGCUCCUCUCUCCUAUCACCCACCUGAGCUAGAAGACAGUGCCAUCGAUGACGUUCCCUUGGUGAUCGUGGCUGAGAACCGACCGUCUUAUCUCUACAGGACCUUAGUGACGGUGCUCAGGCAGCCCUGGAGGACACACUCAGAGGAUCCUGGUGUGCGUCCAUGGGCACCAUCCAGAGGUGGUCGAGCUCCUGGACCUCCUGCAGGUUCCUUACGAGGAGAAUCUGGCCGAAGUCGACAUCAAGAUCGAGGCCAAGAUCGCCGAGAAUUACCGCAAAGCCCUCGACGCCGCCUUCUCGCGUUUCCCCAAGGCUCCCAAGGCAAUUCUGCUGGAGGAGGACCUGCUCGUUGCUCCCGACUUCUUCAGUUUCUUCAACCAAACGGCCUGGCUGCUCGACCACGACUCGACCCUCAUUUGCGUGAGUGCCUGGAAUGAUCUGAGCAGUUUACACGUGGCUCACGACCCUACGUUGCUGCGCCGCGUGGAGACCCUGCCUGGCC